GCAGAGCGAACACAGAGGCUCGUGCGCUGUGCCCAGAAUCUCUCUGGUAUAUUCAACAUAACGACGUCUCCGCACGCUCAAUGUGGGGUCUCAAGCCUUAAAACCAUCUCGUAGCAUCACGGCGGGCUGCCGACAGAAACCACUGCAAAGCAGGUUGGACUCUGCCCCCUGAGAUGUUACUGAGCGGUGAGGAUGGAUCAAAGAAGGAAAUCAUGACGGUGACGAGCUGCAUGCCACCCUCCAAAAACUGCCGGAGUCGCUCCAACUGACACAGAUAUGCCUCGCCUGCCCUCCUGAUUCCUCUUGCCCAACUCUUUAUCUUUCCCCCUGUCCAGUCAAAGUCAGUACAGCUCUUCCAAGUCUCUGUCCUGUCAGCAUGGCUACACCUUUCCUGUGGAAACUGUCCUCUCAGAAGCUGGGCUUCUUCCUGGUCAGCUUCGGCUUCAUCUGGGGCAUGAUGCUGCUGCAUUUCACCAUCCAGCAGCGAGCCAGCCAUGAGAACAGUGCCGUGCUGCGUCAGCAGAUCCUCGACCUUAGCAAGCGCUACAUCAAAGCACUGGCUGAGGAGAACCAAAGUGUCAUGGAUGGUCCGUAUGUUGGAACCAUGACGGCUUACGACCUGAAGAAGACUCUCGCAGUCCUGCUGGAUAACAUCAUGAUGAGGCUGGGCAAGCUAGAGUCCAAGGUGGAGAACAUCUACAAUGGCACAGGGCCCAACCUGAGCAACGGCACCAGCACUAUUACGCCCAGUGCUCCAAACUCAGAGAAAGUAAACGUGGCAGACCUCCUAAACGGAGCCCAGGAGAAGUGCGAGCUGCCGCCUUUGGAUGGUUUCCCUCACUGCGAGGGCAAGCUCAAGUGGAUGAAGGAGAUGUGGCGCUCUGACGGCUGCUACGCCAACUACGGCGUGGAUGGAUCCACCUGCUCCUUCUUCAUCUACCUCAGCGAGGUGGAGAACUGGUGUCCUCGUCUGCCCUGGCGAGCCAAGACCCUGAAUGAAGAAAUGGACCAGAGAGGCCAGGCGGAGAUCCGGACCAGUUUCGAAGAGCUUUACCGGAUGAUGUCACAACGGGAGGAGUUCCGCUGGAUGAUGCUGAGAAUCAAACGCAUGGCCGAGCCGUGGGUCAGCGCCAUCCGCUCGCUGGCUGCAAAGCAGAACCUGGGCAAGCGGCGGAAGAAGAAGAUCCUGGUCCAUCUUGGUCUGCUGACCAAGGAGUCAGGCUUCAAGAUUGCAGAAAAUGCUUUCAGUGGGGGCCCACUGGGGGAGCUGGUCCAGUGGAGUGACCUCAUAACCACAUUGUACCUGCUGGGCCACAACAUUCGCAUCUCUGCUUCCCUCAAUGAGCUCAAAGAGAUCAUGCGAAAGGUUAUGGGAAACAAAUCCAGCUGCCCCACGCAGGGCGAUAAAGUGGUAGAGCUUAUAUACAUCGACAUCGUGGGUCUGACCCAGUUUAAGAAGACUCUGGGGCCUUCCUGGGUCCACUACCAGUGCAUGUUGCGGGUGCUGGAUUCAUUUGGGACUGAGCCAGAGUUCAACCACGCUCACUAUGCCCAGUCCAAGGGCCACAAGACGCCCUGGGGGAAGUGGAACCUCAACCCGCAGCAGUUCAACACCAUGUUUCCUCACACCCCAGACAACAGUUUCCUGGGCUUUGUUGUGGAGCAGCACCUCAACGCCAGUGACAUCAAGCACAUCGAUGACGUUAAGAGACAGAAUCAGUCACUAGUCUAUGGCAAGGUGGACAACUUCUGGAAGGACAAGAAGAAGUACCUGGACAUCAUUCACAGCUACAUGGAGGUUCACGGCACAGUACACGGCACCAGCACCGUGCACCUCCCGAGCUACGUUAAGAACCACGGCAUCCUUAGCGGCCGAGACCUUCAAUUCCUCCUGAGAGAAACGAAGCUGUUUGUGGGUCUUUCCUUCCCCUACGAGGGUCCCGCCCCCCUGGAGGCCAUUGCCAACGGCUGUGCCUUCCUCAACCCCAAGUUCAACCCUUCGAAGAGCAGCAAGAACACAGACUUCUUCAAGGGCAAACCCACCCUGAGAGAGCUGACCUCUCAGCACCCAUACGCCGAGGUGUACAUCGGUCGGCCCCACGUGUGGACGGUGGAUAUCGAGAAUUCUGCCGAAGUAGAGAGGGCCAUCCGCUCCAUCCUCAGCCAAAAGAUUGAGCCCUACUUGCCCUAUGAGUUCACCUGCGAGGGGAUGCUGCAGAGAGUGAACGCCUUCAUCGAGAACCAGGACUUCUGUCAUGGUCAGGUCAUGUGGCCUCCCCUCAGCGCCCUGCAAGUGAAGCUGGCAGAGCCCGGGCACUCCUGCAAGCAGGUCUGUCAGGAGGAGCAGCUCAUCUGUGAGCCCUCCUUCUUCCAGCACCUUAACAAGGACAAAGACCUGGCCAGGUUUGGCAUGGACUGUCAAACGGUGGAGUCGAGCGCCGACACCGUUGUGCCCGCAUACAGCGAGACUCGCCAUCACUGCAUCUUCCAGUCGGACCUGCUGCUGUUCAGCUGCGCCGGCGCCCACUCGACACUGCAGCGCAUCUGUCCCUGCCGUGACUACAUGAAGGGCCAGGUGGCGCUGUGCAAAGACUGCCUAUAGCAGCAGCACCCAGGCUGACAGAGGGUCAGGAAUCAGAUGGGAUUGCGGUGAUCGGGGAGGGGGCGGUGGUGGGCGGAUGUACAGCAGCUUCAAGGAGUGUGCUUGAGGGAGAUGCACAUUCCCGAGCAGUCAUGCAGCUAUCAAACACACAAACCAGACUCCUUUGUGACAACAACAGGACAAAAAGAACAAUCACAGGACUGAGCUCGCUCUUCAUAUUUAUUGUUUUCCUCCGGUAGCUGGAGGAGGAGCACUCCUGCAGCUGACCGGAGCAUCUGCCAACUCUCACCUUCAUCAGCAGGUGGCGCUAUGAGGCCUGGAAGUGGCGUGGAUUUACUUGAAUCAACAAAGGGAGUUGUACGAAGUCGCAGCGGUUGAGGUGGACUGCACAUAUCGGUGACCCUCCACCCCUCCACUCCACCCUUCCGUCCAUCUCACCCCUGCUCUAAUCUGAAACUGUUAUUUUUAGGUAGGUUUGCACUGGACCGGCACCGCUGAAGGCCCACAUCCCCCAGCAUACACACACACACACAUAGAAACACACACAAACACAGUGGGCUGUAAUCAGAUUUACACUGUAACCAACCCAUUCAUCUCUUCUGAACAAAAAAGACUAGAUUGGACAAGUAAAAGUAGAAAUCUAGAUUCUUAUCCUGGCAGUUUCGAUCGUUUCCUGACGCAUCCUCACCAGACUCCGUGAUCUUCAUCCCCACCCCACCCCCACCCUUAAAAGAGAGGAAAUUCAAGACUGUCGUGUUCGGUUUUCAUACAUUUAAGUUGCACACGUGUUUUAAAACGUUGUAAAGACGAGGGACUGUGUGUGUCUGUGAGUGUUUCUGCAAAAGGCCAGUAGAGAAUUGUAAUUUUUUUUUGUUUGUCUGCCUGUUUUAAGCACACCAUCCGGCACUAGGCACGCACCAAAAUGACAUCGCUCGUUCUCUGUGUUGUGACUUCGAGUCGUAGACGAUAGCCGUCAUCAGUAGCAGCGGUAACACCUUGCAGCAAAAGGCUGGGAUGCCUUACUGUCAACACGUUGUUCCGAAGACUCGGAGAGAAACACAAAAUCCUUACUUACAGAGAUGUUCGUCGAGGUCUUUGUGUAGUAAACUGUUUUUAAAAAAAGACUAAGAAAAAAAAAGACAAAACA